GCCCCUGGGGCUCCUUUAGGGGCUCCUGGGUAAAUUUAAAGAGACAGUAGCGUCUAUGAUGUAGUGACGGCUGCACCACGGGGCCCAUAUGUUAUGUUUUAUCUUAAUAUUAUAUUUUACACCAGAUUGUAAACAAAGGGAGUGAGGGACGCUACUGCUUUAAGAUUUUAUCCGCACAUGAUCGUACAUCCUGGUACUUUCACCGUUUUCAAGGAACCGAUAUAAAGAAAGGCUGCAACGGGAAGAGACUGCAGUGUCCUGAGACUGAGCUUAAAGAAAGUUAGGUGUCACUACCAGGUCACCUACUCUUGGAUUUUCAGAAAAAUGGACAGUAUGCCUCAAGCACUGCAUGAAAAAUCCAUCUAAACAGAAAGACCUUGUGAGACUGCUUCACAUAAAUGAAAGAUGUGACCCCACAGAAAUCCUGUUUAGAGCAGGUUUUGCCCUGCCUAAGAAGAUGUAAUCCAGUGGUUGAUGUUAACCAGCAGUAUAAUGGUGUAACUAAUCAGCAGCCAUGUCCAGCAAGACUUUCUCUAAACGUCGUUAUCAGCCAGCAGCAGAGUUUGAUGAUGUCACUCUUGCCCGCAAAAGGGAGUACUGGAGGAGCAAGAAAAGAGAGCAGAGGGCAAGAAAGUCAUCUGCCAAAAAAAAAAAUCGGAAAUGAAAAUCUGGGGUUGUGCAUGUCCGUUGUUAGUGAUGAACCUGCCUUGCAGAUUCCCAAAGUUGACAAUGAUCCCUCUUUACAUAAUCAUGAGAUUUCAUGCAAACUGGAAGAUACUGAUGCUCCUAGAAACUCUUCCAGCUCAGGUCUAUCAGUAUCUGAAUGUAAUGUUACUAUGGUGUCAUGCCAAAAAGAGAGAUGGUUUCAAAAGACUAAGCUCAACCAUGUCUUACCUAAAUUCCCAGAAACAAGCACAAAUUCCCUGAAGGGUGUAAUUGGCAAUAAAAGAUUAAAGUCCUCAUUUACAGGGUCAUCAAACACAGAUGCUAAAACAGAGUCUUUCUGCCCAAUAGGCCAUUCAGUUACUACAACAUGCAUCGAGUUGCAUUCAAAGAGCACUCAUACUCAAAAAACAAAAACAGGCAUGUCAUCCCUAAAUAGCAAGCAAUUAGCAACAUCUCCGCAAAGCCAUGUUUCUAUGGUUUUACCAAUGCACAACAACCAAAAUAUGCCUCAGAUCUGUCUCAGACCCUUGACCUCUGCAGAAUGUAAGGUUCAUAAAGAGCAGAGCCUUGUUCACAGUCACAUCGCUAAGAGAAGAACAUGUGCCUUUGCUUCAAAGCACAACACCACAAUGGCUAUGACUGAAGAAGAGAUGGCUGCUAAGCGUAGAGAGAACUGGCGCAUCAAAAAGCGAGAACAGAGAGCAAAGCGUGCUGCAAAGCUGGCUCGGGACCGAGAAGGGAGUCUCGGACAAGGACAGUCUUCCUGUAUCAUGAAUGCUUCAUCUCCUGCCAACAGUAAGGCCUUGAGAGGAAUCAGCUUCAACUCAGCGAAUCCUAAAUGCCUCAAUCAACAGUCUUUUGGAGUAAAAUGUAUUGCUUCUCGGACACAACUACAUGUCCAGGACACAAAACCAAACCAUGCAUCCUUAUCCUCUGGUAUUUUGCAACCAUCCUCAAGUAAAUCCAAAGUGCCGCAAUUUGCACACACUCAAAAGAGACAUUGUCAAGAGCCAACAAAGAAGUUUUUCCUCGGUGCUUCCAAAGUCGAGUCUCCUGAGGAUCGGCAUGCCAGACAGAAGGAGUACUGGCGAAUUAAAAAGCGUGAGCAGAGAGCAAGGCUGUCUACAGUGGUCAAAGCACAACUGAAGGAACAAAGCACACUUAAACAUUGUGGGAGACGCUACCACAACAGUUUCAAUCAGAUGUGUGGGGUUCAGGUGAAUAGAGCAGGUGCAUUUACAAGUUCCUCAGACAAAAUUGGUGGUUUUAUCAAAGAAGAUGGCAUGGUGACGGUCUCCACUUCGAAGACGACAUCUGAGUCUUCUCUACCUGGAAGUCACGACUAUUCCAAUGUGAAAUGUGUCAGAAAGGUAAGACUCCAGGUUCAAGUACAUUCGCCCCUAUAUUCAGAUGCUCAACCAGUCACAAAGCUCAUUUCUCCUCCAUGCAACAUUUCCAAGGCUCACCAUAACUCUCUGGUAAAGUCUAGCUUAGCCGGAGGUGCAGUUAUGGGCAGUAUGACAGUCACCAUCCAGUCCGAAGCCCCAACAGAGGAAGAAAGGAUCGCCCGUUUAAGGGAGUACUGGAGGAUAAAGAAACGAGAGCAAAGGGCUAGUCGGGCUGCCCGGCUCGGGAAUGGUCUGCUUAGGUCAAAAGUUUCAGUUUUAAAGCAGAGAGAGCAAAACAAGAAGUCAAAUAAAAGGGACAGUAUUACUUCAUCCAUUACUAAAACAGGUGCCCCAACCCCUAUUAAAGAAGAACACAUCAAUCCUCCUAUAGAUGCUGUAUUUUCCAUCCCAGAAAUUACUCCCUGCAUCAGUGCCAUAGAUGGCAAACCUUCACCCUGUCCAACCUUAAAGUCACACAUUGAACCUCCAGCAGCUGCGAACCAUCAUGCCACCACUCUUCAAGCUGUGGCCUCCAUGAAAAAGCUCCUGGAGGAAUCAGUUUCCACACCAGAAGACAGUAACGCCACCAAAAUGCAUGUUAAGUGUGAAAAUGAGCCUCUUUGGCUAACUAAAGAUGACCUUACAUCUGAAGAUGCAAAGCUAAAUAUUACUUUACAACAAUACGACUUAUUAGAGCAUGAUGUCUCAGAGGAUACAAGCCUUAUAGAUUUCAAAAUGAGUCCUCAAACAUUUCCUUUUGAAGACACUAGCCAUCAUAAGUCUCAUAACUUCUGUCAAGAGGCUGCAGAUGGAAGUCAUGACUUUUCUCCAGUGGCUGUGCAACCUCAGUGCAUAAACACCCAGAAGUUCAGUGAUGAUGGAGCAGAUCCCAAGCAGUCCUGCCCUUCACAGGCCUCGCAAAAGAAACAGCUUGGUGAGAGCGAUGAGCUUCAACGAAAGAGAGAGUAUUGGAGGUUAAUGAAGAGAAAACAGCGGGCCAGAAAAGCCAACAAAGAUGCAGCCAAAGAUGCAAAUAAGACAGAGGAAGAAAGGAUCGCCCGUUUGAGGGAGUACUGGAUGAUUAAGAAACGAGAGCAAAGGGCUAGUCAGGCUGCCCGGCUCAGGAAUGGUCUGCUUAGGUCGAAAGUUUCAGUGUUAAAGCAGAGAGAGCAAAACAAGAAGUCAAACAAAAGAGAAAGUAUUACUUCAUCCAUUACCACAACAGUUGCCCCAUCGAGUGCCCCAACCCAUAUACAAGAACACAUCAAUCCUCCUAUACAUGCUUUAUUUUCCAUCCCAGAAAUUACUCUUUGCAUUAGUGUUAAAGAUGGCAAACCUUCACCCUGUCCAUCUUUAGAAUCACACAUUGAACCAGCAGCUACGAACCAUCAUGCCACCACUCUUCAGGCUGUGGCCUCCAUGAAGAAGCUUCUGGAGGAAUCAGUUUGCACACCCGAAGACAAUAAUGCCACUGAAAUGCAUGUUAAGUGUGAAAAUGAGCCUCUUCUGUUAACUAAAGAUGACCUCCUUACAUCUGAAGAUGCAAAGCCAAAUGUUACCUUACAACAAAAUGUCUUGUUAGAGUGUGGUGUCUCAGAGGAUACAAGCCUUAAAGAUAUCAAAAUGAGUCCUCAAGCAUUUCCCUUUGAAGACACUAGCCAUCAUAAGUCUCAUAACCUCUGUCAAGAGGCUGCAGAUAGAAGUCAUGACUUUUCUCCAGUGGCUGUGCAACCUCAGUGCAUAAACACCCAGAAGUUCAGUGAUGAUGGAGCAGAUCCCAAGCAGUCCUGCCCUUCACAGGCCUCGCAAAAGCAGCAGCAUGGUGAGAGCGAUGAGCUUCAACGAAAGAGAGAAUAUUGGAGGUUAAUGAAGAGACAACAGCGGGCCAAAAAAGCCAACAAAGAUGCUGUUCUUCACAGUCUGGUUCCACAGACUCAGACACCCAGCACAACUCUCCUGCUAGCCAUGUCCCAGGACACUUCCGCAUGCAGAAAGAUCCCCAUUCAGAAGCAAACAAGAAGGUGCACCAAACCUGCAGGUCCACAGGCACAGCUGAGAGAUAAAUCAAGAACUAACAAAAGCCAGAUUGUGGCCAAGCCAAAUCCACAAGUUGAUCCACAGGAGGUUAUACGUAGAAGACGCAUGCAAUGGAGGAUCAAGAAACAGAAGCAGAGAGCUAGAAAGGCAGCAAAUGAGAGAAAGCUACGCCAGGCGAUGCUCCCUCCACAAGGCCAGACUUCGGGUCAGAACAUCACCAGUUUCUGCUCAACAGUUGUUCAGAGCAUAAAAUCAGAAGACCAACUGGACUACUUAGCUGAGCCAUGUCAAACUGCACUCAAAGAGGAGUCAAGCUUUGCACCAAAUGAUGCAACGGAGGGGCCGUUGUCACAGGCCGAGUGGAGAAACGUCUACCUCAUGGACUCUGAUCCUGUCAACCUGUUGUUGGUGUGUAUGGUUUGUGGAGAGCAGCAGUACUCCCUCAGUGUGGAAGCGGCGAAGGCUCACAUUGAGGAGGUUCAUCCUAAUACAAUAUCGUUGGGAGAACUUGAACGUGAAGGCAUUCUUGAUGCCUGGGAUAAACAGGUGGCCGUCCGCGAGCACUCCAUCACCCACCAGCUUCAACAGCGAUGCAGCGCUCCUACAGGUAACGGAAAUUCUACAUUCAGUCUGGCUUAGAAAAUAAGAAAUACUUAAUUUUUAUGAAUAAUGUUUCUGAACAGAGUUUCAACUGCCAGGUUAAAAAUGAAAAUAAAGUUGAGGCUGAAGUCUUUGAGUGAAUUGACAGAAGGCAUGAAACACAUUUCACUCAUCCAUUUAUACUGCUGCAUUAACUUCCUUUAUGAACCAGAGCUGAGCCAAGAAAUGGCUGAUUGAUUUAUUAUUAUGGGUAUUGCUUUUGUUAAACAUGUACCAGUAGUACACUAUAUGCUAUAUUUAUCAGUUGUUCCACUGAAACCUGACAUUAAAUAUUUUUUUCUCCUGACUUAUUGAUUUACCUGACACACAUGUGUGUAAAAAUUCUGUUUUCUUACAAUUUGUAAGUACUAUCUGUUUUGUUGUAGUCAUGUGUAGUAGAUUAAUAUCUUUUUUGAUAGGAGAAUAUCAAAAUGUUGAUUCAACCUUUUUCUUUCUGAUGUACUACUGAGCCUCAUUAAAUGUACUUUUAGAUUCUGGUAAUAUUCAAAACCGUGCAGGACCUGUAAAUGAGGUAACAAAAUAAGACAAGUAUGUAAAAACAUUCUCACAUGCACAAACAACUGGAAAAUAUAUAAGAAUUGCCAUUUGUUUGUAGAUUUGAUCAUCAGAUUGUGCACUUUUCAAAAAUUUUGUAAUUUUCUUUUUGUAAUAAAUUGUUGCACUGCAUAAUGUACAGUA